AUGCAGAUGCAGCAGGCGGUAAAUAAGGCAAGUGAUGUAAAAGGGGCCAAACUUCAGCAGAAAUCUGGUAGAGCUGAGAACAGACUUGCUAUGUGGGAACAGGGAGAUGAACAGCUCCCAGAGGACAGAGAAAACAAGAGUGCCUUAAAUCCUAGACGACACCUGGGUAUCAAGGCCACCAUGUUUUCACUGCUUGGCAUGGGAAUGCCGACUCCCUGUACCAGGGAGAGCGUGGGAAUCCAAUUGUUUGAGAGUUUGAUGUGGCUUGGGCAGACACACAAGGACACCCACACCAUGGAAAAACCAUGGAAAUGUGGGGACUGUGGGAAAGGAUUCAGAUCCCCAUCUGAGCUGGAAGCUCACCGACGUAGUCAUACUGGGGAGAGGCCAUUCAUCUGCUCUAUAUAUGGGAAGGGAUUCGCUCAUUCAAUCAACCUGCUGAGACACCAGCGACUUCACACUGGGGAGAGGCCGUUCACCUGCUCUGAAUGUGAGAAGGGAUUCAGUCAGUUAUCCAGCUUGCAGUCACACCAGCGAAUUCACACUGGGGAGAGGCCGUUCACCUGCUCUGAAUGUGGGAAGGGAUUCAGUCAGUUAUCCAGCUUGCAGUCACACCAGCGAAUUCACACUGGGGAGAGGCCAUUUGCCUGCUCUGAAUGUGGGAAGGGAUUUAUUGAUUCAUCCAACCUGCUGCGACACCAGCGACUUCACACUGGGGAGAGGCCUUUCACCUGCUCUCAAUGUGAGAAGAGAUUCAGUAAUUCAUCUGACCUGCGGAAACACCAGCGAGUUCACAGAGGGGAGAGGCCACUUACCUGCUCUGAGUGUGGGAAAGGAUUCAGUAAUUCAGCUGACCUGCUGAGACACCAGCGAGUUCACACCAGGGAGAGACCGUUCACCUGCUCUGAGUGUGGGAAGGGAUUCAAUCAGUCAUCC